UGCUAAAGCAACUGAGCUAUCGAAGAUUAUAAUAGUUUUUGUAUACCAUUUUGUAUACUACAAUAACUUAAUAAUACUACAAUUUAGUAAUGGCUACUGAGGAGCAUAAACGUUUAGCCAAUAUAAUCAAAUCUUGUCAUGAUUCUUUACGUUUGUUAACCAAACAACAUGGAGCGGAUAAAGCGUGGCAAGAACAUAUUAAAGAUACCGAACGUCUAAAGGAAUAUGCAGCAGCUAUGCAUCAAUUGGCCAAUAUUUGGGAAGAGAAUACAACAAAUCAGGAUUUAAUGGCACAAAGUCGCAUUAAAUGGACGAUGGAAUAUUGUAUGGCAUAUUUCUUUUCCGAACGUAUUUAUUUGGAAAAGCGGUUAAGGGAGCAGAGAUUAUUAGAAUUGGGAAGAUUAUGAUUGUAAACAUGUCAGUAUCUGGAAGAUGUACCGGAAAAAGUUAAGGUUUUAGAUGUGGGCAGUUGUUUCAAUCCCUUUGGUAAAUCACCUUAUUUUGAGGUGACAGCUAUAGAUCUAUAUCCUGCCACAAAUGAGGUGCUUAAGGGAGACUUUUUAAAUAUCCAAGUCGAAGAUAUUGCAGAAUCAAAAAUAUGUAAUAAUGAAGUUAUAGCUUUACCCCAAAAAUACUUCGAAUGUGUCGUAUUUAGUUUGUUACUCGAAUAUAUACCCAGUUCGGAAUUAAGACUCGAAUGUUGCCGAAAAGCUUACGAUUUGCUUAAAUUUGAAGGCAUCUUAGUAAUCAUAACACCCGAUUCCCAACAUGUUGGCAAAAAUGCUGCUAUUAUGAAGAAUUGGCGUUAUACUUUAGGCACUUUGGGAUUCACACGUAUAAAAUUUGAAAAAUUACCUCAUAUUACUUGUAUGGUUUAUCGUAAGGCCAGCGAUGCGAGAGUAGCGAAAAGAUGGUCCGAAUUACACAAAGAACCAAAUAUGACUAUAGCAAUUGACAUACCUCAGGAUAGUAAAACAUUUGAUUAAUAAAGUUUUAAAUAAAUUUUAAUAAAAAA